AUGGCUGCCUCGGAUAUCGCAGGCCAUACUCCUCAGGGGCUGUUACCUCAGUCGGCGUAUCAAGGAAACCUAGCUCAGGUCCGCGCGCUGCUUGAAAAUGGUGAAGAUCAUCGUAUUUGGGACAAGUUCGGAUGGACAGCAUUGCAUUGGGCUAUUGUCGGUGGACAAUUGAAUGUUGUAAAACAACUUCUGGAACAUAACGCGGAGUAUCAGCAGCCUGAUCUCGAUUUCCGUAAUAUGUCCCAGGAGCAGGUCGAGUCAUAUGCCGAUGCACUGCCCCCAAUCAUUGUGGCUGCACAGCGACAGAAGCUUGAUCAAAAUGCUGUGGACAUAUUUUGCGAGCUGGUGCAUUAUUUGGAAAUCCCUGAUAACAAGCUGCCUGCCCCAAAAUUCAACGCCAUCUGGAGGCAAGGAGCAUUCGAUACCACGAGAUUCACGGCCAAUAUGUGGCGAGUCAUUGGAAAGGCGGAGUAUCACUGUGGAUUUGGGUACACCAUACCUCACGUUGGCGGCGUUGGCAGGCAAGAUCUCAAGAAUCGCAGAGCCGAUGUUACGGAAUGGAAAUCGGUCCUAAUGCAAUGUGCAAUCCGUGACAGUCAAUGGGAAGUUCUGCAGAUGCUCAUUAAAGCUGGUGCAGAUGUCAAUUCUGGGAAUCCACUCUGGUACGCCGCCUUUCGCAGUGAUGCUCGAUACGUUGAAUGUUUGGCAGACCAUGGGGCAGAUAUCAACGCCGCACUCAGUGACGGACGUACAGCUCUUCACGAGGCCGUUAUGAAUGGGUACCUUGAUACAAUCAUCGCCCUUGUCGACCGUGGAGCAGCUGUAAACCCCCAGCAGACCCAGGAGUACUGCGAACUAUCGCAGCACAUAAAUAGUCGUCUCAGCACGAAAGACUUCAAUUUUUGGUUUGCGAGGAGAGGUGCAUCUACACUUAUGCAGGCUUGCGGAUUUCUGCUAGGUCGCAACGACAAAUUUCGUCGGAAAAAUCCCGCGGAUCAGAUUCAAACACCAGAAGAGAAAACCAUGGGGAUUGUAACAUUCCUCCUUUCCAAAGGAGCGGAUCCUUCAUUGAAGGAACAUAGAGGGAUGACAGCGCUGCACUUUGCUGUCUUGCAACCUCAUGUUCCACUAGUGAAAGCUCUGGUUGAAGCAGGUGCCUCUGUUGAGGCUUCUGACUGUGAAGGGCGAAUACCUUUGCAUUAUCUGUCUCGCUGCGAUGAUAAUGUCGACGAGGCUGAUCUCAGAGAGGUGAUUUGUUUGCUUUGCCAAAACAAAGACCAUAAAUUCUCUCAGAGUCUCCUCAAUAAACCAGUCUUGAGACCUUCACAGCUUUGUGAGUACCCGAGAAGUGGUAUACGCUCGCGAAUGAUAACACAACGAACGUGGGAAGGAAAUAGAAGUUAUUUCAACGAUGUGGAGGAUGACUCGCACACAGCACUCGACAUUGCCCUACUCAGCAGUCGGUGGAAAGUCGUCCAUGCUUUAACUUCCCUAGGGGCCAUCCUUCCCACAAAUACUAUUCCAGAGAGAGCAUUGAUAUGUGCCAUCAAGGAACUCGAAGUCAGUCCGGUUCGCUUCCUGUUGCAAAACGGGUUCAAAGCACCGGAUCGCUCGCUCAUCACGCUUCUUCGGUCAUUUCUAGACCUUAAAAGCAAGAGAGACGCUGCCGGGGAUUUGGAAACCAGGCUCAGGCCUAUUAUGAAACUCCUCAUACUUGCUGGCGCAGAUGUAAAUUUCAAUGAGACUGAUCAGGUGAGCCCGAAUGUGGACGAAAAGGCCGGAAUGAAGAACGACGAGGAGGAUGAUGAGGACGAAGAGGACGAAGAUGAGGACGAAGAUGAAGGCGGAAGCAGGAUGAAAGUCGAAGAACGCAUCAAAAAUGGCCCCAAAAUCUCAACUCCUCUUAAUCUGGCGGCCAGUAUUGGUGGCCUACGAAACAUACUUGAAGACCUAUUGUUAUCUGGUGCAGACGUCUACGGCUUCUCGUCCCUUGCGUUUGACCCAAUCCUGAAUGCCGCAGUCUACGGAAACUCGCAAGAUCUGCAACUUCUGCUGGAAUACGCACUGUCUCACCCAAAUGAGUCUCAUUGGUCAAUGUUCUUGGGAAAUGUACCGAAGGAAGACGAUCCCGUCGUGUAUUUGUGUCACUGUCUGAAGCAAGCAGGCGCUCUGGAUAGAGCCAACUUCCAAGGGCGCACGCUACUGCAUCUCGCAGCAGAGCAGGGUAAUGAGACCCUUCUAAAAUCGUUAAUUAUACAUGGCGCGCGAAUCGAUAUCCUUGACAAUCAGGGUCUCCGUGCAAUUGAAUGCGCUGCUAUGUUGCGUCAUGCCCACAUAUUUGAAAGCUUGUUAACAGCGGAUUAUGAGACGGACCCGCGUUCUCAUGAGCAUACCAAAUUUGGAAAAUCUAAAUGCGAGGCAGACCUCGCUUUGUUGAAUCCCCAAACCAAUCCCGAGGUCAUGUCAAGCCUGUUACGCCUUGCCCCUGAGUACAUCUUAAAUCGAUACCUAGGUCGUGAAGUUUGCCCAACCGUUUACGCGGCAGUAGUAUACGGCAGCAUCGAUCUGUUAUUAGUCUUGCUGAAUCACAAUGCCGAAAUUGAGGCUGGCGAUUGCUAUGGUUGGCGACCACUACACCACGCGUGCUAUCGAGGCCAAGCAGCGAUGGUUCAGGCUCUGAUUGCCAAAGGUGCAGAUAUCCAUUGUUCCACUGAUGCGUGGAAUGAUCGAAAUGACAAACCGACAGGGUUAUACUUGUCAAGUCCCUGGGCAGGCACACCUCUCCAUCUUGCAGCCAUGGGUGGUCAUUUGGACAUUGUCCGGGUGCUGCUCGAUCUUGGUGUGGAUGUACAUGCAAGUACAGUAACAAAGAACAUGGACUUCCCCUGUUGGAGCCCCGGUCAUGGCCCGACAGCAUUGCAUCUUGCUCUUGACACGGGAGUAUACUAUGGUCGUCAAGGUGAGAUGCUCAGUAACGACCGAUUGAAGAUUGCACAGUUGUUGGUUGAUGCUGGGUCUAUGGUAUCUGGAGUCGCAAAUAAGAUGAAUCUGGGUGAACGUAGUCGGUUUUACGAGUUUCCUGAUCUGUGGGCGGCAUUAAAAGCAGGAGACAUGAACCUCGCUGAGAACGAGGCUAGGGAACAGGCUUAG